GCUUGGCUGUGUGUGUGUGUGUUUGUAUGUGUGUGUGUGUGUGUGUGUGUGGUGGAGGUCUUCCUCCGCUGAGCUCCACACACCACAGACCACAGUCUGCCAGUCCAGCAGAUGAACAGCUGCAUCUCUCUGCACGGCUUCACAAACCAUUUACAGGAAGGAAAGAUGAAGCUGUUGGUCUGGCUCAGUGUUCUCCUCUGCCUCUUUGCUUGUCAUCUCAGUGAGGCCAGAGUCAUCCCAGAAGGAGAGCCAUAUGAAGAACCACCAGCCGUUCCCUACUGGCCCUACUCCACCUCUGACUUCUGGAACUACAUUGAAUACUUCAAAUCCAUCGGCGCCUACAACCACAUCAACGAGAUGGCUCGCACCUUCUUCGCCCACCAGCACCUCGGAGACACCCUGGGAUACGAGACCAAUGAGGGACAUGAACACUGAAAGGAGACUGGAAGGAGCCAAGAGGGGGAGAAUGAGGGCUGGGAGGGAGCUAUUGAGUUAUCCUGAGUAAAUAUAUAAAGGAAUGAAGUUCUCACUUUGACAGAAAGGAAAAUGAGGGAAAUUAAUAUAGACUAAAAAUAACAUGCAAGAUUAAAGGUGAAUACUUUGUGAUUUUUUUCUUUUCCCAAGUAUAUCACAGUUUGUAGUGUAGUCAUAUGUAUAGAAUACACAUGUAGAGUAUGUAGCCCUUUUGUAGGAUUGUAUGUUAUCUUCAUGUACUGUACCACAAAUAAAUAAAACAUUUUUCAAAUAU